CAAGGCGACCGGAGUGUGUAUGUCAUGACUGCAUGACACGGCAUCAAGCUGCGUCAGAGGGUACUUUUUUAAAACUUUCCCACCACCAUCCUUGCACACCAUUGCAGGAACAAACCGCCAUCAACUGCCAUCUCAUUGGAUGGCUGUCCCUUUGAACCUCCACAUAGUCAUAUGUGCAGCCCUCCACCAGGACAGGGCAUUGGAGUAGAGCUGUGCCCAUGAAGAUGUAUGGCACCGGCGCACUGCAAUGACAUCCAUUGGAGGUGUCACACUUUCACGUCUUUCCAUUGCUGCCCCCACCACUUGUGUAUGCUGGCUCUGUCUUUUUUAAAUAUGCACCUAAAUCGGUGCAUCUAUAUGCAAGGAGUUGGGAUAGAUCGCUCCUUUAGAACCAUUCUGGUAAGUGUAUAUGCAGUGUCAAAGAUGUGUACCUUCUAGGAAGGAGUAGAAAAAUUCAGCUUUUUAGUCCAGCUUUUCCUCCCUUAGAGCAGCUGCAGCACAGUUUCCGACUGCUUUGGGGGCGUGCAUCAUCUGAACGCCACACCUCCAAAGCGGCCUGAAACGGCUUCUUUUGGCCCAACUGUUUGAGGCCUAUGGCUCAAAGAAUGAAACUCUCCUUUAUAUAUACCCUCCAGGUAGAAAAGUCCACAGAAAGUGGUCUGGAUACCUGUCUUCCUGGCCAGUCCUCAACCAGGUUAUGCCAAGUCAUAUAAAGCAGGAAAUGCUACCAGCUCUUCUCUCCCCCUACAUUCCUUUUCUUCUUCCUCUUCUUUCUCCUCCCACUCCAGGGCUUUCCAGUCUUCCACCUGAAGGCUGACAGCAUUUCUUCAAGCCUUUGUAGACUGACCCCCUCCCCAGGCAUCUGUGGAACACAGGUUAAGAGUUCCUGUUUUAGAGAAUUAAAUGAUUAAGAUGAAGCCUUUGUUUUAGAACCUUCCUAGAGGUUUUGAUGAGUGUGAGUCUACUCUAAAACAAUAUUCUUCUAACAUUAAACUAAGUUGAAGGUGGUGCACACCAUAAUCAAUAGUAGGCCAGGAUUCCAGGGUGAACCAAAAUUUGGGAGGGCUUGUGCAGGCUCUGUGUUGCCCAACACAGAAAAUAUCUAGGCAAUGCAGAUGUUACUUCCAUGGGUCCACAUGUAUCUUUUCCCCCACCCAUCUUCACCCUCUGUAAACCAACACAUUCUUAAGUUGAUUUGUAUUUUUUCUUCAGUGGUUCUGGAAGACUUGUCUAACCAACAUGAUAUCCACCUGGGUCUCCACAGAGCACAACUUAACAAAAAUGAAGAACGGUUUAAGCUUUUGGAAGGGACUAGUUACAACGGGAAACUUAUUUGGAAAAUUGUGGAUUACGAGACGAAGAAAAAUGAGGCUGUGGAGGGCAAUUGUCUUUCUAUAGUCAGCCAGCCUUUUUACACCAGCCGCUGUGGGUACAGGUUAUCUGCCAGAGCUUAUCUGAAUGGCGAUGGUUCAGGAAAGGGUACCCAUGUUUCUUUGUACUUUGUUGUGAUGAGAGGAGAAUUUGAUUCCCUCUUACCAUGGCCUUUCAAGCAAAAGGUUACACUUAUGCUCCUGGACCAAAGCGGGAAGAAAAAUCACAUUGUUGAAACAUUUAAGGCUGACCCUAACAGCAGCAGCUUCAAAAGACCAGAAGGAGAAAUGAAUGUUGCCUCUGGCUGUCCUCGGUUUGUUCCACACACAGUGCUUGAAAAUGCAAAGUAUACUUACAUCAAAGAUGAUACAAUCUUCAUGAAAGUAGUGGUGGAUUUGACUGAUCUUGAAGAGUUAUGAGAGAACCUGAAAGACUUAUUGAAGGUGAUGAUUGGUGACCCCUGGACCUCUGGAUUCUUACUCACAAAUGAGAAAAGCUGCUCUUCAGUCUGCUAAUGUACUUUUUGAUACACUUAGAUAGUUUUGACAAUUAUUUUUUGUAGUUUUCAAAGCUGCUUUAAGUCUCAAUGAGGUGAAUUUUAAGCAGAUAGCACAGCUUGAUAUUAUGACAUUUUACCUGUUUGAAAGUCUUAACUGGGUCACUUAUCUCAGAAGCCAUAUUUUCAGGUGCAACAGCAGCUGGGUGUCUUACAACAAAAAAGCAGUUCCUAAGCAUUGCUGUAGGAGUGCUAAGAACU